AUGGGUGUACAGAAUCUUGCAAAAACCCUCCGAGAUAUCGGUGUGGAGAGUCCUGAUGAUAUUCAGUAUGUAGAGGCCACUGACCUUGCUUCAGUUCUUAAGCCAGUCCAAAUUCGGAAACUCCUCCAACAAGUGAAAGCUGAUUUGAAUCAAGGAGCAGCUCAAAGGAUGGGAUUCUCAUCCCAAACUGGACAAGUUCAAUCUUCGCUUGCUGCAUUCCAAGAACAAGGCCUCCAAGCUCAACUCCCCGCUAGCCUUGCAGGUACUGUCAAAUUGGCGGUCGGUCAGGUGGAAGUGAAUAAGAUUCUGAAAAGUCUGACGAAAGAGGGAUUUACUACAGAGAAACUGAGAGAAGUUGAAAUGGCAGCCAUGAUACCACUUAUAAUGUUGUUUAUGAAUGAAAACAAAAAUAUUCUCUUCCCUAUGGCACCAAAAAACUCCAUGUCGGUUAUAAAAGCGCUGAAUGUUCCUGAAACUCCCUGCCUUGUUGUUUGUGGAGACUCCAUCAGUAACAGUUCUAGGUUUGUUCUCUGCAUUGAUAAAGAAAUUGUGAAUGACAAAAUCACUAAUUUCAUUACCGGUGUCAUGAUGUUGUUUGCAUCUUACUAUUGCUUUAACAUCCACUAUCCAGUUGAAGCCUCGGCAACAUUGGAGUUUAUGCAAAGGUGUUUGGUUGGAAUUAACCCUGCGAAUAAGUCAGGCAACAGGCAACUUUUAAUUCACCCCAAGAUUGUGACUCUACUUGCAAGAUUGGUAAAAUUUGGUUGGCAGGCACCAACAGAGCUUCAAAGCUCUCUUCCGUUCACUCAGGAAUCCACAGAUUCUGUCCAAUGGGCUGCUUCAAAUUCUGCUUCCACGGACAUAGAUCUCACCCUUGUAUGUUCAAAUCAAAAUAAUUUCCUCAAAUUUUCUACUGACAAAACACGAGAUAAUGACCAAAUAUUGUCACAAAGUUCCCAAGUCUUGGACUCUGAAAGACUUUCAGGGCAAAAUACCGAUGAUGGAACUAACCAGCAGCAACAGUUUUCUUCUGAUCAAAUGUCUUUCAUGGUUUCUGACUCUCCAGUUCAGGCCAAUGACGAAGUGCAGUGUUUAAAUAUAAAUCAACAUUCCAAUCAAACAUAUGACAUGAUUAAAGUUGCUCUAGAUCAGACAAAGCAUUUUCCAGGCAGUAGAGGUCUCAAGAAUUCUCCAAGAACACGCCAAAAUAGACCUCGUGGUCGUGGUGGUGUCAGCUCUCGAGGCCGUGGAAGCAGUAGUACCAGUUCUCGCUCUCGUGGGCGUGGCACUAUACACCGUCGACCCAAAGAAUGGAUGCGAGAAUACUGGAGGAUCAAGAAACGUGAAUCUAGGGCCAGGCAGGAAUAUUGGUUGAAACGGAUGCAGAACGACGUGAAUCAGUUGAACAACGAUGUAUCUCCUGUAAUUGAAAAUAUCCGGAAGACUAGGCGAGCAUCUUCAAUUGAUACGUGUAACCUGACUUUAGACACUUCCAAUAUGCCAUCAUCUGAUGGGGGACCCAGUGAGAAAGUCAUUUCACCAAGUGUAGAGUCUCAAGCAACAUUACCUCAAACACAAUCAUCUCUAACAGCACCCCAACCUCUGCAUUUGUCGCCGACCUCAUCAGAAAUAUUAGCUGAACCUCUCUCAGUGUACAAAUUUGAAUUGCAACAUCCUGACUGGCUAAUGGCACGAUUUCGUCAUCUGUGGAGGAUGCGGUUGUUGUGUAAUGCAGCUGUUGGUAACGGUUCCACUAAUAUAAUGGUCCAUCGAGAUAUUUUGCUUGCUUCCUGUGUCAAACUGCUUGAAGAGCAAAAUGUUGAUGUGCUUCAGAGCAACUUUUUACAAUUGACAUUUACCAGUAAUGUUAAAGAAGAAGCCCUAUGGUCACUUUGCAAUUAUAUCUAUGAGGGAUUCCUUAUUCUAAAUAACAACAUCAUUGACAAUAUGGAUAACAUUGGCCAAAUAUUGGGAGCGAAAAUACCUUUAUUUAUCCCUUCCCUUCCCCGGCACACUGCUAAUACGGGUACUGAACAGACUGAUGGUAUCACUGCACCCAGCCUCUUUCUUUUUUUCCUCUGUCUCUUUUAUCAGUUCAGUCAUUAA